UAUCCGUCUGGAAGCCGCACAAAUCUAAAACCAAAACAACAACAUUCAGACACGGACCAGAUCCACGGAGGGGGAACGCCAAAUACCGAGUCUCUUGUUUUCUUUUGUUUUUGUUGUAAACAACCCAAACGUCCCGCGCAACCGGCUGUCCACAAACCUGGAAAGCAUACGAAGAAUUGGCCAAAGAUCGACGGGAGCACGACAGAUGAGCAAAGAAGAAAAGUGAGCCUCGAAUAAUCAUAAGAAAAAACAACCCAAACUAACAACGACCCCCAGGUCGACAGAGGACCAUGUUUGUCCCCCUGCCGGUCCCCUUCGUCUUUCAGAGAACAGCGUCCGACUUCAGCGCCUGGAGACUCAAGUCCUCGCUGGCUCCGCGGUCCAGCCCCGAUAUCAGGAUGUCUAAAGCAGCAGAGGAUGAGAAGCCUGUGGCUGAGUAUCCAGGGGACAGUUCAGACUCUAACAGAAACAGCCCUGAUGACCAGGUCCAGCCGAUGAAAACAAGCCCCUUCAGCGUCUCUCCCACACCAGCUGGCAGCAAGGGAAAGAGCGAGGAGAGCUCUGAGAUGACCCACAGCACCGUCCCUCCUGCUCCUCCCUCCCAGCAACAGCAGCAGCAGCAACAACAACAACAACAACAACAACAACAGCAACAACAACAAGAACAACAACAGCAACAGCAGCAGCAACAGCGGCUACAACAGCAGCAACAGCAGCAACAACAACAACACCACCACACACAGCUGAUGCUGGCUGGCAGCCAGCUAGCAGGGCUCGCCGCUCUCCUCCCGGCCCAGCAGCAGCUGCUCCUCCAACAGGCCCAGGCUCAGCUCCUGGCGGCCGCUGUUCAGCAAUCCAACGCCGCCCACGCCGCUCACGCAGCCCACGCCGCCCACGCCGCCCAUGCCGCCGCCGCCCAGCAACAGGCCAACCAGCAGCAGCAGAACCAGGCGCAGUCCCAGCAGCAGCACACCAAACAGGAACAAGCUGUCCAAGUCCCGCCUCCACCGCAGCUGGCCCUGUCGCAGCCGAUCCAGCUCACGGCCCAGGACAUCCAGCAGCUGUUGCAGCUCCAGCAGCUGGUUCUGAUGCCGGGUCAUCCUCUCCAGUCCCCGGCCCAGUUCCUCCUGUCUCAGCCCACACAGGUGCAACAGUCGCAGCAGGGUUUGCUCUCGACAUCAAAUCUGAUCCAGCUACCUCAGCAAAGCUCAGGGGGACUACUGACAACCCCACCUCGCCUGGGACUCCAAGCACAGAGGGAGAAGAGCAGCGAUGUUGUGAUCGGUGGAAGUGGCAGCUCCCUCGUUGCCACCGGCAGCAGCGGUGUCGUGACGUCUGUCGGAGCCCCCUCAGCGUCCAGCGGCGCCAUAGGUUCCUCGCUGACGCCCGGAUUGACUCCCGGAGGUCACGGGGGUCACUUGGGGGAGGAGCCCAGCGACCUGGAGGAGCUGGAGCAGUUCGCCCGCACCUUCAAACAGCGACGCAUCAAGCUGGGAUUCACCCAGGGGGACGUCGGCGUGGCGAUGGGCAAACUGUACGGCAACGACUUCAGCCAGACCACCAUCUCCCGAUUCGAAGCUCUCAACCUGAGCUUUAAGAACAUGUGCAAGCUGAAGCCGCUGCUGGAGAAGUGGCUGGGUGAUGCAGAAAACAUGGCCAUCGACAGCAUGCUGCCCAGCCCGUCCUCUCUCUCCUCCCCCAUGCUGGGCAUCGAGGGUCUAUCCGGCCGACGCAGGAAGAAACGCACCAGCAUUGAGACCAACGUGCGAGUGGCCUUAGAGCGCAACUUCCACAUGAACCAGAAGCCUACCUCGGAGGAGAUCCUGCUCAUGGCGGACCAGCUCACCAUGGAGAAGGAGGUGAUCCGCGUGUGGUUCUGCAACCGCAGGCAGAAGGAGAAACGCAUCAACCCCUCCAGCAGCACCACGCCGCCCCUGUCCAGCCAGACCUCGCCCGUCGUGACACACAAAGCCCUCUGCUACAGCCCGCACAUGAUAUCGAGUCACGGUCUGUCCCAGGUCACCACCUGUCUCAGCACAACAGCCGCAAGCUCUUCAGCAUCCUGCCCCAUGACUCCCGUCAGUUCCGCCGCAGUGGGCUCCACCUCUUCUUCUGUGACCCCGCCCCUUCACAGCACAGCUAUCCCCGCCCCUCCCAGCCUCGGGGCCCACGUGCUGAACACCGGGAAUACAAUGAUGGGAGUAAGCACAGGGAUGAACCAGGCCCUCAUUGGCAGCAACCCCCUGGCUACCAUGCAAGCCUUAGCAGCCAGCAGCGGUCAGCUGCCCAUCUCCGGCCUCGAGGGGGGAGCGGCUCACAUGUUCCUGGGCGGACCCGGAUGUCCCGCCAUACCCCACUCCCUCCGCCCCUCCCUCUUCCUCAACCGCCCCACCCUCCUCCCCAUGGCGACCAGCUCCAUGGCGACGCCCUCAACGCCUGCCAUGGGACUGAUCAGUGGCGUCGGUGGGUGCGGCCCGAGGCUCUCCUUUUGCCACUCUCCACCUCCUGGCACCAGCGACCUCAUGAGCCCGUCCUCGUGCCCCGAGGAGUCCGCGUCUCCUUGUUCAAGUCCCGCCUCUUUCUGUUCCUUCAGCGAAGCCUCGCCUCCGCCCAUGGGAGGGGCCAUGGCCGAGUGAUCCCCGACUGACAUCUAAAGUAUCGGCGGAGGACAAGGAGGAGGAAGAAGAGGAAGAGUUAAAGGAGCUUUAAAAAAAAUCUUAAAUUUACAACCUCGCCUUUCAACCAAAGCCAUCUCUCUGUCCGAUCCGUCUCAGAUAUCGUCUCUCUCUUUCUCUGUGUACCCGCUGAAGUCUUCUGAAGCCAAAAAUAUACACAGACGGAUGACGGGAAGAAGCAGGGGGAGAGGGAGGAUGGAGAGGAUAGAAAGAACUGCAGAGCGGAGAGGGUAGGGGGGUUUUGAAACCAAAUAAUGAUCUACAGCUGGAGAGGUGGCACUGUGUUUUUUUGGGGGUUUUUGCGCUUGGCAUCGGGAAAACCAUCAGCAUGCUUUUUAUCUGCUGGAGGAAGACACGGACUCGCUGAGGUCAGGGCCAAGAAGCAAAACUGUGUGCGAGAAAUGGGAGGCAAGAAGAAAAGACUUUUUU